AUGUCAAGUGAAGUGACAAGAGCUGAAAACGAAUAUUCUAAAAAGACUCAUACACAUUCUAUAUCUGAUAUUACAAACUUACAAGAAACCUUAAACAGUAAAAGUGCCGUUGGACAUACACAUACAUCUUCUGAAAUAACAGACUUAAACGUUAGCCUUGAAAAGAAAGCAGAUAAAACAUAUGUCAAUGAAAUAUACCAAAGUUUAGUUGGAACAAAAAAUAUUGAAACUAUUGUUGGUGACUUUUCUGUCAAUGAAGAAAACAAAUAUUUUAGAUGGGAGUUUGUACACUCCUUAAAAAAUGGUAUACGGUAUAAACUCAUUCCGAAAAAUAACAAUGAAAUGUAUGUAGGCUAUAUAAAGAAUGAUGGUACACAAGUUAAAGUUCCAUUAGACAACAACUGCUACUUAAACUUAUAUGGAGACGAACAAAAGAAAUAUUUAAGAGUUUAUGAAAUGACAGAUAUGACAUUACCUAACCCAGCUCCAGCACCAUAUUAUUAUGACUAUGGUGUUGACGCACGUGUAGACCCAAAAAAGCAAACAUUAUAUUUAGAAUAUUAUAGAUAUAAAAGAUAUAAUGCAAUAGAAAAAACGAGAAUAGUAUAUUAUUAUAUAGAUGACAAAAAUAAAUAUUAUAGUCAAGAUUUUACCUACCCCGAAAACAUAAGAUUAUAUUAUAAAAAAUAUUCUGACACAAACCAGAAGAAACCAGAAAUAGUUACACUAUAUUUUAAGUUCAAAAGAGACAAUCCUAUAUUAUCUCAUAUGUUUGAUUUAAUGAACCCAGUAGGUUCUAUUUAUACAUCUAUGGAAGCAAGAAGUCCUCAAGUAAUGUUUGGUGUUGGUGCAUGGGAACAAAUAGUCGACAG